AUGCCGCGCUCCUUCCUGGUGAAAACGCACUCCAGUCACAGGGUCCCCAACUACGGGCAACUGGAGACACAGAGAGAGGCUAAUGGCUCCAGCUCUGCCUGUGAGGAGCCGGUGGGAUCCUGCCACCUGCCAGAUGAGGAGGCCCCUUCCACUCCUCGUGACCCUCUGCAGCCCUGGGACAGCACGUCUGCCGUUGCCUGCAUCUCUCUGCCUCUUCUGUCACAUCAUGGGGAAGCACUGGGAGCCUCUGGGCCCAAACCCCAGGAAACCGGCUGGGUGGGCCCUCGGGCUGGCCAGGCCCCCAGUGUUCCCCUCAAAGACAGUUUCAAUCUGCCCUCACUGUUGGUGCUGCCCACACGAUGGCCCCCAAUCCUGGGCCCAGAUGGAGCUCUAGAUAAACAACUAAGGGCUGAGGGAACAUCUCGAGUCCCGGGCAGUUUUGAAUGCAUCCACUGCCACAGGCCCUAUCACACACUGGCCGGCCUGGCCAGGCACCAGCAGGUACACUGCCACUUGUCGGCUGGGCCCGCCUUCACCUGCAGGUACUGUGACAAGGAGUAUGCCAGCCUGGGGGCCCUCAAGAUGCACAUCCGCACCCACACGCUGCCCUGCAUCUGCAAGGUAUGCGGCAAGGCCUUCUCCAGGCCCUGGCUGCUCCAGGGCCACAUCCGCACCCAUACAGGUGAGAAGCCCUAUACUUGUCCUCACUGCAGCAGGGCCUUUGCUGACCGCUCCAACCUGCGGGCUCACCUGCAGACCCAUGCUGGUACCAAGAAGUACCGCUGUACCGUCUGUACCAAGGCUUUCUCCCGCAUGGCUCUCUUGGCUCGGCAUGAGGAAGCCGGCUGCUGUUCUGGCCCUUAG